GGUCAAUUUCACUUGGGAUAAAUAUUUGACGAGAGUAUCAGCCUCGUUGUCGUUUUUUUGGGUCAGUGCGUGGGUUGAGGUAAGCGGACAAGCUGGGGCAGAAAAAGAGCUAAAUUCACCAGGAAGAACAAGAAAAAAUGAUACAACAGGUGUGAAGCCAACUACUUGGACCAUUAAUUAACAGAAAAAAGUGUUAAAUUAACACUUUGACUCGUUUGUGACGAUCAAUUAAAUAGGCACUGUGCCUUGUGAUCAUUCUGCCAUACGAGAAACUUGAGAUAUUUUGGAGACUAAGCAACAAAUAAAAUCUUGAUUCCUGAAGGUAAAUUCCACAGAAAGCAAGAGGGUCAUUUAUAACAGUAAGGAUGGCAGGAAGAGGAUGGGGCGGAAGAGGAAGAGGAGGACCAAGAUUUCAUGGGAAAAGACCAAUGGAGUUUCAAGGUCAGUGGCAACCUAAGCGACCAAGGAUGGGGCCACCUGCAUUCGACUAUGGUCCAGACCCAGGAAUGAGAUUUGGAUUUAGAGGCCCACCACCACCACCACCUGGAUGGGGUCGCCCACCUAUGAUGGGCCCCGAGUAUGAUUAUCCCCAAGAAUGGGCCAGCCCGGAAGAAAAUCUGCAAAAGUUUAUUGAAUUUAUGUUGUUUUUUCCACCACAAGGGGGUAGUAUCAACACUAUACAGCGAUCUUUAAAUGAAAGUGGUAUCGAUCUGAGGUUACAGUGUAAAAUGGAUGAUGUUAAAUGCGAAGAUGGCGAAACCCAAGUUGAAGGAGAACUGCAUCUUGGAGCUUUCUUUUUAGCCAAAGGUAGACGAAAUACACGUAAUCUUCUUAGAAAACUUUUGUUUGAUAUUGCCUAUUACAAACUGAUGACAAAAACUGUAUGUGAGAUUUGUUUGAUGAGUAAUGAUGAACUUCGACCUGCCGAAGAGAAGAAAGAGGAAGAUUCUGAAACUAAUAUGGAGACAUCAGAUGAUACUUCUGCUAAAGAGGCCACUGAAGAAACAAAAGGAGAAGCAGUGGACGGUGAAAAAUCAACAGAAAGUAGCACUGAAGCUGACAAACCUAAAUCUGAAGACAAAAAGAAAACUCCGUUAGGCCGCAGAUCUAAAAUGUCCUUUAAAUAUUUCAGUCCCAGAUUGAAGGAACGUUUGAAGCACAUGAAACAGAGCCUUCCCAAGGGUAAGAAAGUCUAUAGUAUUGCUGAUAUGAAUAUGGCCGCAGCAUCAUGUGGUAUGACCCUAACGCUAGUUUACUACAAGCAAUCUGAAGCUUCAACAGAGACAGAUCCUGUUACCUGUGAAAUUUAUGCUGAUGAGAUGUAUUUGAGUAAAGGUGAAGGGUCCGAUUCUAGAGAAGCUGGUAAAAAUGCCUACAUCAAGUCUCGAGAUUAUUUACUCAACACUCCAGUACAUGUUAUCAUCAAGGAUCAAAAACGAUUAUCUGAACUGAAUAAAGACGAUCCUCUCAUCUUGGAUAUAGUUUAUCGAGGACCGUUCCACGAGAUCGGCUCCAACAGUGGUAAUCUCAAGUCAUGGCAGUUGUAUCCACCAAAUGAAGAAAAGGGUACAUUUGAUGUUAUUGUUUUGGAACAUGAGGAGCAGAAAAACCAAGCUUUCUUUAAGAUACUAGAAACCAGUGCUACACAGAAUGGAAUGGCUUUAGAAUGGUGUGUUUCUGGACGUCAUGACGAUGCACCACAAAGGUGUCAGAUUUUCCUACAGAAGAGAAUGAUAGCAGAUGUUAAAGCACAGAAUAAGAUCAAAGCAAAGAAUGGUGCUGCCAACCAUGCCCUUCAACGUUUCUCAAAUACACAGACAGUUAUCAAAUAUACAAGUCGCGAUUACACCAAGACAUCAAUAACUUAUGAAGAAGUUCAGCAGAAAGCUAUUAAACUAAAGAUGGAAGAUCCACAGAGAUUCAGUAAUAAACAGGAGGAAACCAUGGAAACUGAUGCUGCAGCAGAAGAAUUAUCUGAUGAAAAGAAACAACAGCUUGAAAUGGAAGAAUGGAUAAACCUAACUCUAGAAAAUGAACUGAAGAACUUCUUUAAAGAAGACACCCUGGAAGAGAUGAUAAUGGCAUCUGAUUUCCCUGAACGUGAGCAGAGAUGGAUUCGCAAGAAGGCCUAUCCCAUGGGAAUUCAUUCUGUUCCAUAUACCAACAAAAAUGUACAGGUACUGUUUCAAAGAAAGACACACCAUGCUGAAAAUAUAUUGAAAAUUCUACUGGAGAAUGAUGGUGCGUUUGGACGUUACAAACUUUAUCAAAUCCGAACACCAGAACAGAAGUCGGCUAAACGAUUUUUAAAUGCUGAAGAACAGGCUAAAGCUGAUGAAGAGAAGGCAAAGAAAGAAGCUGAAAAGGCACAGAAAGAGGCUGAAAAGGCUGCAGCCAAGGCAGCAGCUGAAAAGAAAGAGGAAUCAACCGAUGAACAAAUGGUGACAGAAUAAAAUCUGCCCUUUAAAAACACUGUACUACAUAUUUUAUAUUUUUGUGGAUUCUUUAUUUGUUAUUCUACUAAUGCUUCAUAGAAGUAAUUAAAACAAUAAGAGGCCAUUUUCAAAUUAUUAUUUAAAGAUCUUCAUCUGUUACAGUGAGGUUUGUCCAAUUGCCAGCUCUCAUUACGAUCAUGAAAUGUAAUUUUUACUUAAUGUUGUUUUUAUCAUUGUGUUGUUAUCUUUUUAUUUGAAUUUAUUUGUAAAAACAAAUAGUUAUUAGUCAAUCAUGUCAUUUUUUUUCGGUGAACAUUUUUCAUAUAUCAUUUAUAGGAAAUCACAUCACAAGGUAUAUCAAUAAUAUCAUGCUUCAUUUGUUAGAUCUGUAGUUGCAUGAGGAAAUGUGAAUAAAAUCAAUUCCUGUUA